AUGUCUGUUCGGGACACUAACGUCAGAGCACAUGCAAGAAAGGGCUCUAAUGUUCAGAAAACACCUGGAGUGAAGUCAACCAAAGCUGCAAAUAAAGAAAAGAUCUCUUCUGUAUGUGACGAGACGGAUGUGACGGAUGAGGAAAAGACUGUGGAGAUGGGUGGUGGACGCAUCAAAGGCCUUGUUAAGCCUCCAGAUCAACUGAAGCUCACUGACAUUGAGAAGAAGGAGAAAAUCACAAAGGUCCUGACUACACACAACCCAAAUGCCCCUAAUAAUAUUGCCCGCUGGAGCUUUAAGGAUCGUUGUUUUAAGCCUUGUGUUGUGGAUCACACGAUGCAUAUCUUUGAAUUGGAGGUCAACCUCGUGUAUAAAAACUCUGAGGAGGGUCGUAAAGAAAUGCUCAAGCAGGGUCUCCAUGAAGAUGAUGCAACAGUUGACACCGGAGCAGAAUCUGAUAAGGAGAAAACAGAAACCUCGGCUACACCUGUAGAGGAUGGAGGGGAGGUGGAGGAAGCUGGAGAGGAGGAUAGACCAGACAGCGCGGCUUCCAAAACUGAUAAGAAAGAGCCGAAAAUUGCAAAUGUAUUCGCCUGUUCCAGGGCCACCCAGACUCUCGAUAAUCCACCGAGGGAAAUAAGCUGCCAGAUUGAACCUCUUCCACGUAGCAGCUUCUCUGCCUCUGCUAAUCAGUGGGAGAUCUAUGAUGCGUAUGUGGAAGAGCUGCAGAAACAAGAAAAAAAUAAAGAGAAGCAGAAAGCUGUACCGUCAGAAAAAGAUGACAAAAGUCAGAAGAAAAUGGUGCUGAUGGAGGCUCAGGAAGCUGACUUCAAAAAAGUGAAGAAGGAGGCCAAGAGCUUGGAACGAAUGGUCAAUCAGAAUAUCUAUGACAAGAUAGUACAAGAUUUUGCAUACUACGAGGAUCCCGCUGAUGAGUUCAGGUUCCCAAAGGCCACCCUUCUCCCCUUGUGGAAGUUCAAAUAUGACCAAGCCAAAAAACUGUCUGUCACUGCCCUCUGCUGGAAUGACAAAUGUCCGGAUUUGUUUGGUGUGGGAAUGGGCUCAUAUGACUUCUGCAAACAGGGAAGCGGCAUGCUUCUCUUCUACACAUAUAAGAACUGUUCCUUCCCAGAGUACAUCUACCCCACCAGUUCUGGUGUCCUGUGCCUCGACAUCCACAAGCAGCGUACCUACCUGGUGGCAGUAGGCCUCUAUGACGGCUGUGUGGCUGUCUAUAACUUGAAGAAGGAGGGAAAGGAGCCUAUUUACAAGAGUACAGCAAAGACUGGCAAGCACACAGCCCCUGUCUGGCAGGUGUGCUGGCAGAAUGAUGACAUGGACAACAACCACAAUUUCUAUUCUGUGUCAUCUGAUGGCCGAGUUGUGUCCUGGACACUAGUCAGGAAUGAGCUGGUUUUUACAGAUAUUAUCCAACUGCCAUUGAUUGGUGCUGACCCUGAGGAACCAGAACUUGCACAGAUGCACCUCAUUCCUUGUGGUACAUCGAUGGACUUCCAUAAACAGAUUGACUAUCUGUUCCUAGUUGGCACUCAGGAGGGGAAAAUAUAUGAGUGCAAGACUUACUCGAGCAAGAUCCUGGAGACCUAUGAAGCCCACCACAUGACAGUGGAUACUGUAAAGUGGAACUACUUUCAUCCAAAGGUUUUCAUCUCAUGCAGUUCAGACUGGACCAUCAAGAUCUGGGACUAUACCAUCAACACUCCAGUGCUGACCUUUGACCUGAAAGAACCAGUUGGAGACGUAGCCUGGGCUCCAUACUCCUCUACUGUAUUUGCUGCUGUGACCACAGAUGGAAAUGUUCAUGUUUUUGACCUCAACAUCAACAAAUAUGAGGCUCUCUGCCAGCAGCUAGUGGUGGACAAAAAGAAGACCAAGCUGACUCACAUUGAGUUUAAUCCCACCCAUCCUAUCAUCAUAGUGGGAGAUGACAGAGGCAAUGUCAAUAGCUUCAAACUCUCUCCUAACCUCCGCCUGAAGCCCAAGGGCAAAGACGGUCCAGAAGUGGAAGCAGCCAAGAUGGAGACACUCCUCGCUCUACUGAGGAAACCAGAAUAAAGCGUAGUUUAACAUGGCCCCACCAGACACAGCAACAUGGUACAAUCUUUUGGUUUUCGUUUAUUAAAGCCAACUUCUUUUUUUCAGUGUAUGCAGUAAAUGACAUCACCAUAACAAGAAAACAAUUUGUUUAUAUUUAUUCAAAUGUUUUCUCCUGAUUUAACUUGCAUUCGCUGCAACAAUGCAUCUUUUGAUACUUCAAAACAUUUCUGCAGGGGCUUAUUAAAACUCUUCCAUAUGUAUUGUACCAGUUCCGAGCAAUUUCAGUGUAACUCUGCCUGUGGGGUCACUAUUUGUGUCUGAACAAGUUCCAGAAUUUAUUUUGUGAUCGAUUGUUGUAAGUUACUUUUAUCUGUAUCCACUGCUGCUUGCUUUGUUCACAUUUACUUCAGUGAAUAAUUUUACUAAAAUGUCUUCCAACAAUCUUUUCGGAGGAUAUAAAAACUUCUAUUUGUGGUUUUAUCUAAAGGCAGAAAAUCUUCUUUUACUCAGAUCACAUUUCAAUCCUGUAUUACAUUCUAAUCUACUGAACCUAUUGUUGGAAAAUAUCUAUUUCUACUUAUAGUCACAUUAGCAACCUUUUUUUUAAUGUGAGCGAUAAUGUAUUCUGAAACUGUUUCUUUCUUAGUGUAACUCUGAUAUCUUCUAAAUAUCUGGAAGGGGUGUAAAGUAUAACAUACAUAUCAGUAAAUCUAUUAACUCUACAACAUGCCUUGUUGAGUCUGAAAUUGCCGCCCCAAAGAUAAAUGUUCAGGUAUUAAGAAUCUGUGGUAGGAUGUGGGGAACAUGGAUAGUUCUGUUUGCAAUCUGUGGGGUACUAUAGGAUUAAUCCCUCUCUAUGUGAGCAUCCUGUGAUUCAGUCCAGAGCCAGUGGCCCGUCAUAUACAGCCCCAAGCAGAUGUCAGUGUGAGGGCCGUGUUGAAGAGGCCACAAAUUUCUACUAAGCCUCUCUAGUCCUUAUAUAACACCCUUAGCAAGGCGCUCUGCCUCACAAUUCACUGAUGUUUAUGAGUGACAAUGACACACACACCACACAGGCUCAAGUCCCUGUUCUCAGUAAUAGACUGGCUUUCUCUUUUUUCAGGCCGCUGUAUGAAAUAAGAGGAUAUAUUUAGAAACCUUCAACAACAGACCAGUUGUCUUUGUGUACUUAACAUUCCUUUUUCUCAGGGUCUGUGCAACCUGCAUCCAUCCUUGUGGCCGUGUCCUCUUCUUGAGGCUGUUGGUGUGUGUGUGUGUUAAACAUGCAUUCUCAUUGGCAUUCCUCCAUGUCCUUUGUCAAACCAAGAACCAGAUUUGACAAGUGAUGGCUGCUUAAAAAUAGUUUCCUCACUCCACCACAAUUCAUCCUUGCUACGUCUUUGUGAGGCACAGCCGCAUCUGACAUUAGAUCUGCUGCUGACCUUAAAAACUAGGGAAGGACAAGUCUAAUUAGUAUUAUUGCUUCCAGUCAGUCCAACAUGUUCCUCUCCUGUGGAUCAGUGCACCAAGGCCAUCACUUGUUGCUACAUUUGACUCGUCUUUGUGCAGUCAAGAGGUCAACAGGUGCUUGUGCUCGUUCAUCUGCUGGGUUUGUGCUUCACGUGGGGCCAGCACUGGUAGCCUCUCUGGGCUAGACGGGACCCUGCAGGCUCGGUAGAUGAUCAGACAGAGGAGAAGAAGAAGGAUGGCAACAAAUGUAUUGCAAGCGAUGGCCACCAGUGCAGCCGUGGACAGUCCUGUUGUGCUUUCUUCAGAUUCCAUAGUAACGACUGGACUGCAGAGCCCGAUGUCAGCCAACUUAAAUGUUGCUCUUUAAGUUGGUUCCAUUAUGUUCCUUUUGUUAAUAGGCAAAUGAGUCUGAGCAUCACCAACAUCUUCGUUUAACUUACGUGUAGAUGCUUGAAUCUAUAGGCUCAUGAUUCCUCAUGUCCACAGAUGGGCUGUUGUGAGGUGAAAAAACGCAGUUCGUGUAUUGCCAAAUAUUUAGAUAAGACAGCAGCAGAAAGCAGAGUGCCUGUACGUCUCACUGCAGAGAUGAAUGUGUUCUCCUCAAGGCUCUGUUUGUCUUGAUAGCUUCUUUAGGGUGACACACCGACACUCCACCAUACAGAUGAGCCUCGCAGCACUCUCUGCUAGUGAUGAUUUCACAAUAGUCUGCAGUAUCAAAAUGCUGCUUGCUAUUUCAGGAAAUGCCUG